GGGAGAUGGUUGGUUGGGGAGAGCCUUUCUAGACGAGCAAAGUAAAAUGUGAUGUUCAAAUGUUGGAUAACACGACAAAGUUUUACCCCUGCUGCCUCUUAUAACUUGGUCGUUGGUUAGUUUAGCGUUGCGUUGGGGGCUGCAGACUUGCAGAGAGAGACCAGUUUGUACUUUAACAAAACAUUUCGCUUCUCACAACAGUUCACUUCUAGCACUUGCCGAGAGCGGAUGUCUCGCUCAGAGAACAAAGGAUUUUGUUGUGAAGUCUGUAACCAAGUAGGAAAAAAGACUUGUGAAAAAUUUUAAAAGUCCAAGUCCAAUAGAUACCGAGUAAAAAAUCGUUGUUUUUUGGAGUUGAAAGACUGUCUUGACUGACAAUUUUUGGUGCGAUAUUUCAUUAAAAAAGAAAAUUCCUCUCCAAUUUACGAAAAACUUGUGGUUAGAAGAACGUUAAAAGCAAACAUAUUCAAUAAAAUGUGAAUAAUUUCCCAACUCACACAGUGGGAGUUACCUCCACCCCAAAAACACGAAAAUCUCAACAAUGCCCUACCAAGUGAUCGUAGUAAUGUGUGAAAGUGAACUCUUGUGACAAUAUGCUCUAUUCCACACUUACCAGGAACGAAUGGAAGCAAUCUGGGUGAAAUUGCACGAGAAACGCGUCCAUGAAUAUUUGACGUGGAGAUAUGUGCAGUUUUUGUGAAACAUGGAAUAACUUGGAAGAAAGAAGCCCAUAAAUUCCUCCAUUCUGCUGCAUUGCCUUCCUUCCGUAGUGACACUGAGCACUUCAUGCGUGAGAAAUACAAAGAGUGUCCAUGAACAUUGGUGAAAUAGAAUAUUAUAUUAUUAUUGUACACCUCAAACAAGAGAUGAAACUCCGUCACUCCGGUGUCCAUUCUUUGGAUGAACAACGUCCCACUGGUAGAAAUACGUGCAAUGUCAGAUGAAAUAGUAGUGUCACCGAAUUCAAUAUUCAUGAAAUUCAGUUUCAUUUCAUCUUCUCAUCCAACCAACUGGAGCAUUUAUUAAAUAAAUAUCAAUGGAACUGAAAAUGGAAGAGUCGAAACUGGAACGGAGUGGAAUACGAUUACUAUCACCAUGUCCUUCCACCACGUCCUCCUACACGGUUUCGUCACCUAGUACACCAUUGUCAUCAAGGGCAAGAAGUAGUAGCAGUGACGACAAUAAUGGAGGAAGAAGAAGGGGGCCGAGAUGGAAACGGAUGAUUUCAUUCCAUUUGAAUCCGAAUCUCGUCGCCGUGUUGAUUUUCUCGUUAUUAUUCUCCAGUCGGAUUUUCUCCUCGGUGGAAGGAAACAGUGAGAUAGAGGCUUGUGUUCGAUUAAUGCAUUCAGGACAAAAUCCGAAUUCUGAUGGUGCAUCUGCCACGGGUCACAGUGGUGGUGGUGGUAGUAGUAGUGCUGGUGCAGAACAUUUCGAGGUUUUGUGCAACAUUCGGAAAAUUCAUGUCAACUUGGACAUUGACAAUUUGACGUCCUUCAUCCCAUCUGGAAAUCGUGGGGGAAUGAUGGACUCGACGACAAUUACAAAGUUAAAGAUUGCUUGUAAUGACAUUCUCUUCUUUGAGAGCCAGUUAAGUCCUGGCCAGUUUAGUGGACUUUCAGAGUUACGAGAGUUGGAAAUUGACAGAUGCAAACUGACGCAUUUGAAUUUCGAUUUCCUCUCCGGGCUGAGGCAUCUGAGAAGGUUGACGAUCAAUACGGGAAAUUCAGAGUGGGCAGGUCACCGGUCACUCGAGGUGUCAGGAACACUGGAACAAAUGCCGCAACUUCACCAUAUUUCGAUAAUCAGUAGCGGCGUGUGGAAAUUUCCUGAAAAAUUUCUCUGUCAAGAUUUUACAAAGUUGUCUUCUUCCAUCCAAACGGCGAAUUAUUCGUACAAUCUUUUGACCGAUAUUGAUGACUUGGGAUUGCCAGGGGGAAUGGUUGAGAGGAGUGGAGGAUUCCUGUCAAGAAUAUCGACUUCAUCGCCGAGUGGAGACUCAGCUAUGACGGGGGACGGGUGUUUAGGAAAUUUAAAGGUUUUGGACUUGUCUCAUAAUGCGCUGAGGAAUAUUGGAAGCCGAAGAUUAGAGCGAAUGACGAGACUACACGAGUUGCAUCUUCAAAACAACAUGAUUGGCGAAUUUGAUGACAGCGCAUUCACCGGACUUGGUCAACUUAAACUUUUAAACUUGUCCAGUAAUCGGCUGAUUGCACUUCCGCCUACAAUUUUCGAACCGGUCAAACUGAUCCAAAACUUGAAUUUAAUGAACAAUUCCCUCACCGUACUUUCACCUGGAUUGUUCACUGGUCUCGAACAUCUCUUAAUACUCGACCUCAGUAUGAACAACCUAGAAAGUCAAUGGAUCACGUCAGAGGUGUUCAAAUCCCUCGUGAGACUAGUUAUCCUUUCCCUUGCAUCAAACAAACUUACCAACAUCGGUCCCACCACGUUCAAUGAAUUAUACAGCGUUCAAUCCCUCGAUUUAAGCUCCAACUUGAUAUCAGAAAUUUUACCGGAAACUUUCUCACAAAUGAAAAAUUUGCACACGCUUUCCAUCUCCAACAAUAGAAUUUCUUACGUAGACGGGAAAAUGUUGUCACAUCUCUUCAUUUUGCGGUCUCUGUACCUUAAUCACAACAAAAUCCAGAAAAUUCAUGAAUCCGCUUUCACCAACUGUACAUCUCUCCACGAUUUGCAAAUUGCCAACAAUCGGCUAGAAAAUCUACCCGCAUCAAUCAAAUCGUUAGGCUAUCUGAAAACAUUGGAUAUUGGAGAAAAUUUGAUAAGCCAAGUGAGCAAUACUUCCUUCACUGGGAUGAAUGCAUUAUACGGAUUGAGAAUGGUGGACAACAAGAUUGAAUCCCUUCCACCCGGAUUUUGCUCAUCCAUGAAAUCACUCCGAGUUUUGAAUCUGUCGCAAAACAAGAUCAAGCAAAUCUCAUCCUCCGCAUUUACUUCGUGUCCAGAAAUCCGCGUUUUGCGACUUGACACUAACUCCUUGCAAGAACUUCCUCCCACGCUGGCACCCCAGUUGCCAUCAUUAUUGUGGUUGAACGUGUCAGAAAACCAACUCCGCAGGGUUGACUAUCACCUCCUUCCGGCCAGCAUUGAGUGGCUUGACCUCAGCUAUAACGCCAUUGAGACGUUGAGCACCCCAACAAACGUGAAUACGUCAACCCUUACGACGGAGAGGAGUACAAGUCGUCUCCGCGUAAUGGACAUUUCCUACAAUAAAUUGAAAAGUUUGGAUCAAACUGGAAUCCCAUCCACCCUCGAAAUAUUAAAAGUCAAUAACAACAACUUGCGAACCGUUGCACCCCACACGUUCAUACAAUCUUCGCAAUUGAGGCGGGUGGAAUUGGUUGGGAAUCAAUUGGAAAAUAUUCCCCUCAGCGGAUUACGACUGCCUCCGAUUCCAGUGGGAAGACCAUUGCCGGAGGUGACGCUGGGCGGAAAUCCAUUUCUUUGCAAUUGCGAAAUGGAGUGGUUGUCACGAAUUAACCAGCUCAGUGCUCUUCGUCAACAUCCCACCGUCUUGGACUUGGACGCGAUCGUGUGCCGUUUGUCAUACAGUCGAACGGUGACUCAUAUUCCCCUACCGGACAUUAAGCCGCAAGACUUUCUCUGUCCGUACAAAUCGCACUGUUUUGCUCUUUGCCAUUGCUGCGAAUUUGAUGCAUGUGACUGUGAAAUGAGUUGUCCUUCAAAUUGCACAUGUUAUCAUGAUGACACAUGGAGUGCAAAUGUGGUUAACUGUGCGAAUACUGGAGCCACUGCGAUCCCGUCACGAUUGCCCAUGGACUCGACUUCAGUUGCGCUGGAUGGAAAUGCAAUUACUUCUCUGAAAAGCCAUACUUUCAUCGGACGAAAGAAUUUGCGUGUGCUCUACUUGAACUCGUCAUUGGUGCAGGUUAUCCACAACAAGUCAUUUAAUGGACUUCAGUCACUCCAGACGUUGCAUUUGGAGAAGAAUUUGCUUAAAACGCUCCACGGAUUCGAGUUUGACCAUUUGACGAGACUUCGAGAGCUAUACUUACAGGAUAAUUUGAUUGGAAGCAUCGCAAACACGACGUUUCUCUCCCUCAAAUCCAUCGAGAUCCUACGACUAGAUGGGAAUCGCCUCGUAACCUUUCAAGUUUGGCAACUCAGUCUGAAUCCAUACUUGGUUGAAAUUGGUUUGGCACGCAACGAAUGGAACUGUGAUUGCCAAUUUUUACAUCAGCUCUACGGCUGGGUGACUGACAACUCGAGGAAGGUAAUUGACUUGAGGGAACUUCAAUGCGUGUGGAACACCACGCACAAACCGGGCCCUCACCUUAUCGACUAUAACCGAACUUGCGGCUCAUCUUGGGCCCUGAUCGAUGGUGGCUUAGAGUUCUCCCCACUUCCCCUCAUCUUCGGCUGCGUCUCACUUGUCAUCCUCCUCGUCAUCAUUAUCAUUGCAAUCAUUCUCUGCCGCGAUAAUGUGAGACUUUUCAUCUUUUCUCGUUUUGGCAUCCGAAUUUGCACGUCUGACUUUGACGACGACAAGUUUGGCCACGACGCGAACGAUGCGUACCUCGUAUACAGUCAGAAGGACGAAGAAUUUGUCACCCAGCACGUUGCCGAAGAACUCGAGUCGAAAGACUCGUACCGCCUCUGCCUGCACUACAGAGACUUGAUCAGUGAAACUGGAGACCUGAAAGAAAUGAUGGUGGGUGCAGUGGAGAAUUCCAAAAGUGUGGUUAUUAUUUUGUCUCGCAACUUUCUCCAAGGCGAGUGGGCGAGUGGCGAGUAUCGCGGCGCGUUUCAUGCAGUGCUUAAAAGGUCACAGAAGCAAAACUCUGUCGACAUGAAAAAAGUUGUCAUUGUGUUCAUAGAUGACAUAACUCCGGUCGACGUAGCUCCCGACAUUCGCUCGUGGGUGAGACACAAUAGGAUCCAAGUCAUUAAAUGGAGUCUCAACUCGCCCGAUCAGAGGAAGCAGAGAAAGUUUUGGACCAAGCUGAAAUACUUGUUACCUGCCCCCUCGUCCCAUUACCACUCUAACAUCACGAGCAACACGACAACAGCCACGUCCGCGUCGUCCAACGAGUCUUCCUCCACCGGCGGAAUCAUGGCCACCCUCAAGUACUCGAACAACGAGAAUGAGCAACAUCACAUCAUCGUGGACGAGUAUAACCGUACGAUGACGAUGAACAUCAAUAAUAAGUUGUGGCCGUACGGCUAUGGCCCCAAUUUUGUAGCGCUUCCCCCCAAAUACCAGAUUCCUAACAGUCCUGGGAAUCACAGUCAGACUGGCACGAUCCAGUCGCACCUUAGCUUAAACAAUUACAACAACCAAAGCAUCCAUUCCCAGUCGAGCCCCCUUCAUCACCAGCAUCAUCAACAUCAUCAUUACCACCCACCUCCUGCCCUCCCGUUAUCAAACCCUCCCAAGUCUCCCCCAUCAAGUCAAUCGACGGAUUCAACCACGACGACGAACGGGGGGGAUGAGACGACCCUCAGUCUCCACACGCCAACCAGCUUUUCCCUCAUGUUCCAACAAAUGCAGCAGUUGCAGCAGCAACAGCACAAGUCUCCGGUGCCAGUGCCAAAGUUAUACAAUUCUCCCAAUGUCAAUAACAGUGUGCUUAUUAGUAGUAACAGUGGUGGUGGUGGUGGUUCAAACUCAUCAAACCAUGGUGGUGGUGAAAGUUACCUGAGUUUAGAGGGUGAGCACGUAUACGAGCACGUAUCCUCUCUUGACCCUCCUAGUCCCCAGGGCCAUCAAACGCACCACAACAAUCGUCUCCUGAAUAACAUCCAUCUCCCCAAUGGCUACACGUACCAGCCCCAAAUGACCGUGGCCCCUCCGCAGCAACAACAACAACACCAGGCGCAAUGGCACCCCUCCUCAAAUAACAAAUCCUCCACGCCCAAGGGAACGCUGACCUUUGGCAGUGCUAAAAACUUUAAACAAACAAAAGACGGAAAUCCAGUGCAGACGUAUUUAGUGUGAUGUGAUAAUUUUUAAUUACGUAUAUUUGUUACAAAUUCUCUCAUAUAAUGAAUGACCCUCCAUCAUACGUGUAAUGGAUGAUUGACACCAGUUGGAUUCCGUUAUGGUAGUAAGUGUUUUACACAGUUUUGGUCUCUUUUUUACAUACAUAAAAUGUAUUGUCUGUUCCGAUUGCAUCCUGUUUUCGACUCAACUCAUGUGCUAAAUUCAACGAGCUAUCAAAUUUUUACACUUUCCUAUAAUAUAUUAUUCAAUCGGCUUCUUCAAAAGGAUUUUGAACUAAAUAAUCGAUAAUCUUUUAUUGAUUGGGAUAAAAAGCCUGUGCUGCAUUCAUACAUCGUUACAAAGAAUGAACUACUUUUUACUACAAAUUCUCUUCUGAAAUGCAUCCGCCUGGAUAAAUAGACUGAUAGAUUAAUUUAAUGUGCAUCAAGUUAAUAAAUUACUUGAUGGUAGUGGUUCGCCCACUUUUAUUUAUAGCCGAUAUCCUUCCUCCCAUUUACUCUUAUGCAUACGACACUUAGUAAAUUAAAUGCUGAGAUAACUUUUAAAAUGGAAAAGAUAGUUUCAUUCUAGUUCUUCGUACUAGGAUUAUCUAAGAUGUACACGAAUGAUAAGAGGAAAAAAACGCAUCGUGUCCUUAGUGUAAGACAGAGUUUAUAAUUUAUUAUACCAGUCGGAACCAAGUCCUUGUAUCUUAUUCAGAGUAAUCUUAUACCCACCAUGAAAAUCAUCAUUUUUUGUGUGUGUUUAUAUAUAACGGAAAGAAAUCAAUGUAUAAAUUUAAUGGAUCUGAUUAACUUUACUGAAAAAAAUCUAAUAUUUGCCACUGUAUACCAUACCAUGUAAAAUUAACUGCCAUAUUAUUGGUCAUUUACAUGUAUAACAACACCGUUACGCUCUAUAUCUACUAACUAUAGGGUACAUAUGUCUCUACCAAAAAUUGAUGUUAUAUGUAAAAUGACAAGAUGGGUAAAUGAAAAUUUUAAUAAAAUGAACUCGUAAAGCUAGA